AUGCCGCGUGUGCCCGAGAUGUUCAAGUUGGCCUCGGACGACGACCGCGGCGACGAGCCGGAGGAGGACUCUGAAGCGAUGGCGGGCAUUGCCCACGAGGACCCAGGAUCUCCUGCUGAGUCCGUGGAGAGACAGAGCCCCCAGACCCAGGGACCUGAAAACAAUGAGUGGCGAUGCCUUCGUUGUGACGGCAACAGGUGGGUGCAGAACGUCUACGGCACCUGGCUUUGUUGCUCCUGUGAGAGCACCGAGGCUUACUCCUGCCGGCGCCCUCACAGACACGAGACCGACGAAGGCGUCUGGAUGUUCAUGCCAAGGCAGACCAUGAAUCAAGGACGGCAAGGCCCUCGAGCUGAUGUGCCUGCCGGCCGCGCCCCGGCUCUUCUCUCGAGGCGGGAGCGCCGACGACGACGUGCCGCACACCAUCCGGGCGGCGACCCUUCUGAGUCGAGCCUGGGCGAUGCUUCUGAGGUUCCCGAGUCGGAGACCCUCACCUUCGACCCUCUUGCCGAGCAGACCAAGGCGGGCGACUUCCUGCCCGGCGACGCCUCCCAGCACUUCCGGACCUACCUCACCGCCUCGACCCUCGACUUUGCCCACAACGACUUUGCCUCAGAGGACACCGGACCCUUGGAGACCGACGGCCGGCCGGACCCGCGACUUGGGGAUUUCGGCAUUGACGCCGCCGGCCUCAAGCGAGACGACUUGGAGGUCGAGAAUGGGGCCAGAGAAGGGGGUGAGAUGGAGAGGCGGGGCACCACCGCCACCGACCCAAGGGCAUUCUCCAAGUACUGCAAGAAGGUUUCCCUUUGGAGAAUCCAAGUGUCGAGCUACCUCACCCCACGUGAAGCGGCGCUCUCCUUGUACACCAGUUUGACCGGAGAGGCCGAGACGGAGCUCGAGCACGCCCCGAUCGAGUCGAUUAACACCGACAAGGGCAUCGAUUUCAUAUUGGAGACCCUGCGGGCCCCGAUGGAGCAGAAGGUGGUCUUCCAGAAGAGGAAGUUCCUCAGCGAGUACGAGAACAUCCAGCGGCAGCCUGGCGAAGGGCUGCGUGCCUUUAGCAAUCGCUACCGCCGAUCGGAACGAAACCUCCGAGCAGUGAAUGUGGAGGUGACCCAGAUGUAUGACAGCGACGCCCGCGGCAACCGCUUGCUGGACAUAGCAGAAUCGAUGCACAUGCAGUACCCGGAGUUCCGGGCGGCGCCACCUGUGUGUGGCCGGGAUGGCAACCCACUUCCUCGAAAAGGCGACGGCAAAGGCAAGACGAAUGGUGCUCCCGGCAACUCGGCUUCUACCUCGGGCUCUUCACACGCCGGCCACGGCAAGGGCUACCCUCCGAAAGGAGCUCCCCGGCGAGUUUACAAGACGGACCAGGUCGGUGAGCAGACCCUCGACGAGAUCCCGGAGGAGCCGGAGGAGCGGGACGACGAGCCCGACGAGCAGGACGACCAGGACGCCGAGGCGCACCAGGAUGACGGCGACGAGGCCGAGGACGCCGACGAUGACCCGAUCACCCAGGCCAUGGACGUGCUGACCGUCACCGCGAAGAAGUUGAGCAGCCUUAAGUUGGGCAGGAAGUUCAGUGGCGGCCCAAAGGGCGGCAAGGGCGGCGGCCGCGACAUCGCCGCCCAAAAGCGCACAUCGAACUGCGCGGUGUGUGGCCAGACCGGCCAUUGGAAGGGCGACCCCGAGUGCCCCGCGACUCCUUCGAGCUCUUCUCCUUCGACGGCGGCACAGCCAAAGGGGGCGGGCAAGGAAAAGCGGCCACCGCAUCAGGCCUUCUUCGUCAAAGACUUUGGCGCCGUGGCGGUCCAAGACGAGCCUGGCAGCCCGCAUUUUGGCACCAUGUUUCAGGUGAAUGUGGUCUUCGAGGUUCAGGCCGGCAAGCUUCGCGAUCCCGACCCUGACUUCCAGGACCUUAUGAUUUUGGACACGGCGUGUCAACGGACAUGCUGCGGAAAGGGCUGGCUGGCUUCCUUUAGCACUUUGCUGGAAAAGUUCGGUCUGCAGUGCCACCGCACCCCUUUUCGAGAUGCUUUUCAGUUUGGCGCGGGCAAGCCGGUUGUGGCCGACCAUCGGUCGUACCUGCCUGUGGGCAUCGGAGGCACGAACCUCCUCAUCGGAGCCGGCGCCCUUGGAGUAGAAAUACCCUUGCUUGCUUCGAAUGGUUUGCUAGAUGACCUGGGGAUGAUACUUGAUUUGCCGAAUAGCCUCGUGACUUUCGCCACUUUGUCCGUGACAGUGCCUUUGCUUAGGGUCGGUGGCCACCUCACCGUGCGCAUCAGUGACUUCUGCCCACAGCAGCUCACAUGGCAGGCCUUGCAGGAAAGCGUUGACUGGGAGAAUCCUCCGCCGGAGCUUGUGGUUCAAGGUGAGCUUUGCGAUUCUUCGAGCCCAACCGCUCCUCGGACCUCUUCGGCACAUGCCUGGGCUGACCGGCCAGCUGGCCACUCCACCGCAAUGGUUGCGCAAGUGGCGGCGCUUCGUGGCGAGCCUCAUCGACUUCCGCAAGAACUUCUUCGUGACCCUCACCACGGCGGUGCGCCUGCGGCUGGUGCCGAUCGAGAUCUACGAGGCGGUGCCCCCGAAGCUGGACAAUCGCUACGAGCACCCACCGAGCACUUGCAAGCAUCCCGACUAUGUCCGGUACGGCAACGCCUACGGGAAGUUCGCCAGGUGCAAGCAGUGCCACAAGAGGUGGCGGUGGAAUGCAGACCGCCAACUGUGGGAAGAACAUCCCGACAGGGCCUUCGACACCAAGUUGCUCGAUUCGCGACCUCCCUUGCCAUCUUCCUCCAAUACUGCACCUCGGGGCUCGGCGGCGGCGGCUUCUUCGGCGACACCGCCCCGGCUGUCGAGACGGACUUCUUUGAGCGCGGCUUCUCCGAAGACCUUCUCGGCACCUCCCAGACGCGGCUCUCGCAGGUCACGGCCGGCGACCAGUGGCAGCGAAAUGGAGCUGGAUCCGUGGCGUCUCUUGGACACGGAUCAGGACUUCGACUGGGAAAACGUAGAAGAUUGAAAGGCGACUGGGCAAGGUCAGCGAGGAUCCUGGAGAACGAGGUGGAACUUUAUGCCCGGCAGCCUUGUGCAAGCUCGCGGCCGCCUCCCGCAGUCGACCUCCUGGUGAUCUACCCGGGGAACUUCGACGUCGCCACCGCCGCGGCCUCCCUCGAGCUCUCCUCCUUAACGUUUCCCCCGAAGCUGACCGAAGCCCUUCCAGACCGAGGCGAUGCACGACAGCAAGCACUACGAGCACUACGACGGCUUAAGCCACACGUCAUCUACUUCUCCUUUUCGGCACCACAGCUGAACAGUUCCAACGAUGCCUUUGUGACCGAGAUGGUCGAGGCACAAACGGCGGCGGGCGGAGCUUCCUUGAUGCUUGGGCCGCCGGGUCCCUCCUUCUUCGACCUGGGGUCCCGCCUAGAUAUGGCGUCGACUACUUUCGGGCACGGCCCUUCGGCCACGACCUUCUUCACUACAAUCCCGGGCGCUUGUGCAUCUAUCGAGCUCGCCGCUGCGGGCGACACCGAGAACUUCGGCAUCUACCGGGACGCCAUCCUUUACACGAUUCGGGACUAUGUGCGUGCCAAGGACCCUGGGAGAUUCGGCUUGUACCAGACUUUUGUCACCUACCGCACCCCAGUGUCCAAGCUAGAGGAGUGGAGCGAGAUUGCUUCACUUUUGGAGCGUUCCUUUGGUGCGCCCGGGACGCGGCCAUUCUACAUUGACCCGACCAGCGAACUCGGCCGCAAGAUCGCAGACCUCUUUCGCAUCAAGGUUGAAAGGAUCCAGGCGGUGCAGACACCGUCCCAGCGGCGACUUCCACAAGACGUGCCCUACACUGCUCGUGGCGCCUACCUCAUCCACAACGACGGCACGAAAAGCAUUGAGCUUGAAGACCUCAGCCUGGUUCAGCAGCCGAAGCAGCGAUUUGCGAAACCCGUGCGGUACGGGCUCCUUGUCUACGGCCACCUGAUCGCGGAAGACGAGCCCAAGGAGGACUUUUCUCCCAGUGCUCCUGUCUCCGGGUUGCCCACGGAUGUUUCGUUUCCUGGGCUCUCGACUCAGGUGCCUGUUGAAGUGAGACGAUCCAUCGCCAGGGCACACAUCAACAUGGGCCACCCCACGGCUGAGGAACUGAUUCGCAUGGCAAAUGCAGCAGGGACUCCAAGCAGCUUGUUCGUGGAGGCCAUCCGCAAACUUCAUUGCGCCACGUGUGCCCGACUUAAAGGACCACAAGCUCCGAGACCAGCGACCUCCACAGUGACCGCGACCCAGUUUGGCGACCGGGUGGAGAUCGACCUGUUUUACCUUAGAGACCUUCGAGGCCGGAGCUGCAUGGUCCUUGGCGCGGUGGAUGUGGCAACACGCUUUCACCAAGCGGCUAUCCUCUCAAGCCGCGACCCUCAGGAUGCCUACGAUGCCUUCGAAGCUAUGUGGUUGAGACCUUUCGGUUUGAUGGUUCAGGUCGGGCUUGAUCCAGACCCCACUUUUCAGGGCAACUUUCAGGAGCGGCUUCGCUCACACGGCGUCCUCGUCGACUACUGCGCGGCUGAGGCACACUGGCAGAUAGGACACGUGGAGCGUCAGAACGCCUUCCUGAGGACCGUGCUUGAGAAGUUGGUGGACACCUUUGCAGCCACCGAGGUCGCAGACAUUCGGCUCCUCCUGGCGCCGGCCCUCCACGCGGUCAAUAGCAUGACGCUCAGCCGGGGAAGAUCCGCUUACCAAGCGGUGUUCGGCAGGGUACCUAGACUGCCCGGGGGACUGCUGACUGACAGCAACAGCUUGGCAAUGACCCCAACAGACGACCCCGCGGCGACUGCUGAGAUCAUCCGUUCGGAGGCCCUCAAGACGCUCUGCGACAUGAACGUUCGGCAAAGCUUGCGCCGCGCACUCCUUCGCAAGACCAUCAACACCAAGGUCCCGCAGUUGGAACCGGGUCAGAGUUGCUCUUAUUGGAGAUGGCGCAAGCGAGGGUUGAAAAAGAGAGGUGGAUGGAUCACGGCCCGCUUCCUUUCUUGGGACCCAGCCUCUCCUGGGAAGCUAGCCUGGGUUCGUUCCGGGACCACCACGGCCAUGGUCGCGGUGGAGCAGUUGCGGGCAGCCACGGGCUUUGAAGCAUGGCUCCCUACCGAGCCAGAUGUGGCGGCACUCAAGGACGCCGCACGCAAGUUGGACGAGACGCUCUGGGCGGAUGAGACUGGACCUCCUCCACCACGACAGCACCUGCACGACGACAACGAGACCAUGACCCUCGACAACAUCGACGGCAACGACGUUGAGAUGGACGCCGCCUUGACCUCUGCAGCCGCUCUUGCACCGGUACUUCCAGCGGCCACUCCGGGCCCAGCCGGCCCUGCUACGCAGAUCAACAUGGACCUCGACCAGUCGGUGCAGAACCUCGUCUACCAGCCCACGGUCCAGAACACUUACGUGAGGAACACGGCUCGAUUAGGUGAUCCUUCUCAAGGACACCCCGGAGCAGGUCUCGUGGACCUCCUGCACUUCAGCCACAACAAGAAGGACCACAGCUACAACAAGAACCUCCAGAACCUCCUGUUCCUGACGCCAGUUCCGUCCAAGGUGCACUUCAGCUACCACAAGAAGUACCACAGCUACAGCAAGAACCUCCAGAACCUCCUGUUCCACCGGUCCCUGAGACACCUUUGGAACCAGGCUUCCAGUGGAAACCGAGAGUCUGUUGAGCACCCGCCGACGACACCGAUUUCGAGCACGCCGACCACCCAAGAAGGGGAACCGGCGGACCUUUUACCCGCAAAGCGUCCUUUUGACACUUUGACUACCUUCUUCUUGGACGAGGGCGACCUCUACCACUGCCCACCGGGACAAGAACCCGUAGAAGGAUACGGUCCUCUUCAAGAACGGUGCUACAAGGCCUACCUGACCUCCAAGCACCGCUCCGACGACCUUAAGGGAGAGGACAAGCACGACGUCGAGACAGACACCAGUGACAGUGAUUGGAGUGAUGCGCCACCGUCCAAGCAGGAGCGCGGCAUGACCCGCGCCGAGGCCAAGGCCCUCGACCGUGAAAUCCCAUGGCGGAAGAUCAUGGAAAUGGACCCCGCCGACAUCCAGGCCUAUGUGGCUGCGACCGAGAAAGAGGCCAAGAGCUGGAACGACUGGGGGUCAGUGCGACCGCUCUCCAGCCAGGAGGCCCAGGCAGUGUUGCGUGACAAGAUCCUGUGCAAGCGCGUGCUUCGCACUCGCAGCUGUUUCAGGGACAAGAGCAAAGGCUUGGGGCCGUUGGCCGCGAAAUGCAGGGUCGUAGCCUUAGGGCACAAGGACCCGGAUAUCUACCGGCUCAACCGCGAGUGUGCCACCCCGAACCGCACCUCGGAGCAUGUUCUCUUUAUCGUCCUUACGGCCGGCAGCAACAUGGAGUUUGACAACUCGAAGAAGAAGUGGCAUGGAUGGUCAGGCGACGCGGCAACGGCCUUCCUUCAAGGAGACCUCUCCGACACCGAGCGGCAACUUCCACUUUACCUGUUGCCGCCCAACGACGGCAUCACCGCCUUGACCUCGUGCUGGAAAGCUCCCUUGUACUUGGUGUGUACCAACGUUUACGGUUUGAGCAACGCACCUCGACUCUGGUCUUUAACGGUGAUUAAAAGGCUGUGUGACCUCGGCUACCGCCAGCACUCGUUCGACAAGAUGGUCUUUCUGAAGUUCAACUCCCAGGGAGAACUCAUCUCCCUCAUCAUCGUCUAUGUCGACGACUUCUUGGGCACCUACCGUUCCGACUACAACGUCAGCGAGGUCCACGAGGCUUUCAAGUGGGGCUCUCUUCAAAGCUUUGAAGUCGGCAAGCCUGUUACCUUCAAAGGGAAGCAAAUCACUUUGAGGCAGAGGGCAAACGGCAGGCACUACCUCCACGUGUGCCAGCGGGAGUUCAUCAGCGGGAUGGCCUCCGGCAAGAUCCCACGCGGCAGCAAGCUCGAGGACCCUUUGACUUCGGAGCAGCGUGCUGAGUUUCGCAGCGUUACCGGCUGCUUACAGUGGGUGUCCGGCCAGAGCAGGCCUGAGCUUUCGGCGGUCAACAGCCUCUCCAACCACGGCAGCUCGACUACCGUCGGCGACCUCAAGGGCCUCUACGAAGCAGUCGACUUCGCCGUGGCCACUAAAGACAACGGCUUCGUGAUCCCCGACGUGCCGGUGAACAAGGCAAGCUACCUCGUCACCUUCAGCGACGCUAGCUGGGCGAACGCCGAGAACUGCAGGUCACAGUGUGGUGUCCUGGUCCUCUUGACCGGCCCGGGCGUUCUUCAGAAGCCAGCAGCUGCUAUGCUGCUCGAUUGGCGCUCGAGCAGAUCCCAGCGGGUUUGCCGGUCCACCUUGGCGGCAGAGGCCUCAGCGGCGGACGAGGGUUGCGACAGAGGAGCCUACAUCAACAUGUUCCUCAGCGAGCUCCUGUACAAUGAGCCAGCUCACCGCGUGACUCCUCGUCUAACGCAGCUAGCAGUGACAGAUGCGAAGUCUCUUUACGACGUUGUCAUCUCGGAUACCCCUAACCUCACCGAUAAGCGUUCCUUGGUUAACGUUCGAGCUAUCCAAGAGGUUGUCCCGGGAUCCAACUUUCACUGGGUUCCCACUUACUUGAUGUGGGCAGACGGGCUGACAAAGUCGAGUAAGGAGCUUCAGCAGUCUUUGCACGAGUGGUUGCAGCAACCUCGCGUGACACUGAAGUCACAGACGCCAUAA